UCUUGCCGACCUCCACCGCAAUGGCUUUAUGCACCGCGACCUCAAGAGUCUCAAUGUGCUUUUGAGCUCUACCAACUACAUCAAGGUGGCCGACUUUGGCCUCACGAAGGAGUUCCACCUCGACAUGACGACGUUUGUGGGGACGCCGGCGUGGAUCGCGCCCGAAGUCUUUGAGUCGGGAACUACGUACGACUUUGCGGCCGACAUUUACUCAUUUGGCGUCAUUUUGACGGAGCUCGAGACGCUCCAAGUGCCGUAUGCGGGCAUGAACCUCUUUGCGAUCAUCGACGGCGUCCGCAGUGGCGAGUUGCGUCCGUCCGUGAGCGCUGACUGUGCGCCGUGGUACAAGGCGCUGGCUGACGACUGCUUGUCGUUUGAUCCGAAGCAACGUCCAACAGCCCAGACGAUCAUCGACCGUUUGUUGCUGCAGGAAAAGGCUCUUGCUGGUCGAGAACCGGUCGCAGCGCCCGAGACCAAGACCGAGCGUCUGAUGACGCCGCCGCAACUGACCAAGGGCAUGAGCAGCAGCUCGUCCACCUCGUCGACGUCGUCGUCCUGGUCGUCGGGAGCUCUCACGAGUCGUCUGCCGUGCCGGAUGUGCAAGACGCGCAACGCAGCGUUGAACCAACACUGCAGCUGCUGCAACGAGGCCAUGCCAAACGAGUCGACCAAGCUCGCGCUCUUGCUCAAGCGCGCCAAGGUGGCCAACGCCAAGGGUUUCUCGAUCAACCUGUGCAUCGACUGCGACAUUUGCGAGACGACCAACGUCAUGACGGCGCCGACGUGCGCCGAUCCCGAGUGCGGCGAGGAGCUUUUGGACGACGCUGAGAAGCUGCGUAUCCUCUCCCGUCGCUUCGACAUGGCAACGAGCGCGGCAUAA